AUGAUGAUUGAGAAUGCUCCUUCCUUGAGUAAUGAAAACAGAGCUAAUUCUGAACAGAGUGAUGCCUCUGGGAAACAAAACAAUCAAGAUGAUGAGUUUUCUGACAGUGAAGGUGAGGAAAGUUCUUCAAGAAGCACCAUGGAUCACACGUCCUCUGCUGCAAAAAAUGCAUCAUAUCCCAACUCUGGUAACUCGGUCGAGAGAAUGUCUUCCACGACAAAUCAGACUGAGCAGCUCGCUCUGGGAAACGAAGAACCCAAAUUCACACUCUAAUGCUUUUCUAUUCCGAACCUGGACUCCAAUGUUAUUAAGGCUAUUGCUGCAGAUGCUUCUGUUUUCGAUUUUGGAGAUAAUGAAGAUUAUGAGAGUGAAUAAACAAUGAUUAGAUCCAUUUGGUGCCUCUGGACCAUUUUGUGUCCAUUUUUC